AUGAAGGAGCCCGGGCAGCGGCCGUUCGCCGGCGUGGACCUCCGCCGGCCCAAGGGCUACCCGGCCGCGCCGGCGGACGUGGAGGUCCAUGGCGACGACCCGUGCCCGCGGUGCGAGUCGCGGGACACCAAGUUCUGCUACUACAACAACUACAACACCUCCCAGCCGCGCCACUACUGCCGGUCCUGCCGCCGCUACUGGACCAAGGGCGGCUCCCUCCGCAACGUCCCCGUCGGCGGCGGCUCGCGCAAGAGCGCCUCCUCAUCUUCCUCGUCUUCUUCGUCGGCGGCGAGCCCCAAGCGCGCCAAGAACUCCAAGCGCCGCCGCGUCGCGCUGGCCGCGCCUACGGAGCCGGAGCCCGGCACCACCGAAGCUGCAGAGAAUGAAGCUAUGGCCGGCACCAUGAGCGAUCCCGCCACCGACGUGCACGCAGCACGAGACACGGCCAACGGCACCGUCACCGUCGGCGAUCCCGCCACCGCCGUGGACGCAGGACGAGCGGAAGCCACGGCCAACGGCACCGUCGACGAUCACGUCAUCGCCGCGGACGCACCACCGUCGGAGGCCACUGCCAACGGCACCGUCGACGGUCCCGCCACUGCCGUGGACGCGGCGCGAACGGAAGCCACGGCCGACGGCGCCAAGGACCUUCCCGGCGCGGCCCCUGCAGUGGACGACAGGGGUUUGACUGAUCACCCGUCGUUCACACCCGGGGUCGGCCUCGCGGAUGCCGGCGGGAAAGAGGCGCCGGACCUGAGCCCGUUCGAGUGGCCGUCGGGCUGCGACCUGGGAUCCUACUGGGCACCGGGCGUGUACGCCGACACCGACCCGGUGCUGUUCCUUAACCUGCCGUGA